CAUGUUUUGCCACACUUUUGAUCAACAAUUGAGUGAUCACUCAAUAAUUACAGUUAUAAUUGAUUUGAACAACAUUUCUGUCGCACAAUGAAUGUGAGCUUAAGUGGUCAACAGUCGACGUCCACGAUGUCAACAGAGAUCUAUAUCUUGAAGCGAAUUGAGAGCCAUUGUCUGGAAAUGGAUUCACUGAACACUGAAUGCAAGACCAAAGCACCGAAACUAAUGUCUCAACGAUUACCACGUUUUAUGAGACGAAGGGCUUCCAGUCAUAACCCGAAGAGAGUUCCCAAAAGUGUGCGACAAUUGAUGCAAAACAGAGGCAAUCAAAGCGACAAACCAUUG